CUUUUGGAAAAUAAGGGAAAAGGAAACACAAGGAAUAAAAAAAAAUAAUAUUAACAACAACUAAAGAGCAAUGGAUAGAUACAAAAUACGAUAUAUAAGAUUCAACAAGACAAUAGAAAUGUAAAAGUCGCAAAGGGCCGUUGUAAAGGCCAUCCCACCGGCCCACAGCUGGCUCAACUACAUAGCGUACACAUUACAGGCGUCUACAGGUACUGCUUGCCACUUCCAGGAGGCACUCAACAUCCACCAGUGCCCUCAGCCUGACAUUAAGAGCUGCCUGUAACAAAAUCAAGAUCCAUGGCAUCCAAAUUACCUGUGGCAUCAGGCUUGUACAACUAUGCACGCCUCGCUGCAAACUCAACUACUUACGCUAAACGGAUGAACAGACUCAGCAAUCACAUUUUUGGAGAGGUGGUGCGGCCCACUUCCAAACCGUCAAUGCGUGUAGUCAAGAUGUUCAGUGAAAAACCACUUGACCUACGACCUGAUAUUACUGACCACUAUCCACGUCACAAUGAGACUUACAUCCUCAUGAUGACUCUCCGGAAGUAUGGGCUCUUCCGAGAUGAACACCAAGACUUCAAAGAGGAGAUGGUUCGGCUCAGAAUAUUGCGUGGGAAAGGCAAGCCAAAGAAGGGAGAAGGAAAACGGGCCAAGAAAUAGUUAACGACACCAAUACCCUCAUUACACUUUCUUCUUUAUUUUGUAAAUAAAUAUAUAUACACUUAUA